ACCGGACGAGCGGGGUGAAGCCGACCCGGCGCGAGCGCUCGAUCACGGACAAGGAAGCUUCGACGGCAAUGAAGCCAGCUCCGUUUGUGCACCAGCUCCUGCGCAUGCUCGAGCACGAGCCCGACGACGUGGUCGCGUGGGGGCCGGACGACCACUCGCUCGAGAUCCGCGAUCGGACGCGCUUCGAGGAAGCUGUGCUACCGCGGUACUUUCGCCACAAGCGCUUCAACAGCUUCCAGCGCCAGCUCAACUACUACGGCUUCCAGCGCGUAAAGGGCCUUCCGAAGGCGACAACGCGCUACUGGCAUGCGCAUUUUGAGAAAGGUCGGGUCGAUGCCAUAGGCUUGAUUCAGCGCUGCCCGCCCAGCCGCGCACUAGCGAUGCAAGCGACGAUUCCAUCGGCCGAGGAGCCACCAGGGUGCUCGAUGGUGUCGCCCGCAAAAGCUACUCUCGCAGCUGCGUCGUCGUCCAACGAUGCGUCCAUCGAGCGACUUCUGGCACCGCUCCUCUACGGCAGCGCCGUGGCGGUGGACCUUCCGGCGCCGAGCCCAUCGUGGCUGGACCACAUUUUUGCGGACUCGACGUCGUUGGGAUUUGAAACAGUGCUGAUUUAGCGCCGAAUCCAUGCAACUGGUGUCCAUGA